CGGUGCGCGCUGGGGAGCGGGAGCGUGAGGCCAUGGCGGCGGCGGGGGCUGGCGGGGUGGGGGUCCUGCUGCCCCUCGGGCCCCGCCGCCCCUCGGCCGGGCCGCUGGUGCCGGCCCAGUGCCCAGCCCCAAAACCAGCUCGGGGCCGGCUGAGCCGAACGGGCGGCUGGCGGUAUUGAGAAUCUGCCGUGCGAGCUGCAGAGGAACUUCCAGCUGAUGCGGGAGCUGGAUCAGAGAACAGAAGACAAGAAAGCAGAGAUUGACAGCCUGGCAGCAGCCUACAUCGAGUCUGUGAAGAACAUGUUGCCUGAGGAGAGAGUGGAGCACCUGAGAAAGAUCCAGAGUGCCUACAGCAAGUGUAAGGAGUACAGUGAUGACAAAGUGCAGCUGGCCAUGCAGACCUAUGAGAUGGUGGAUAAGCACAUCCGCCGGCUGGACGCGGACUUGGCGCGGUUUGAAGCUGAUCUCAAAGAUAAACUGGAAGGCAGCGACUUUGAAACCCCUGGAUCCCGAAGCCUGAAAAAGGGACGAAGUCAGAAAGACAAAAGAAGUUCUCGUGGUCGAGGCAGGAGAACAUCUGAAGAAGAUACACCAAAGAAAAAGAAGCUCAAAGGAGGGUCUGAGUUUGCUGAUACCAUCCUGUCAGUGCAUCCCUCGGAUGUCCUGGACAUGCCAGUGGAUCCCAACGAGCCCACCUACUGCCUGUGUCACCAGGUGUCCUAUGGAGAGAUGAUUGGCUGUGACAACCCAGAUUGCCCAAUCGAGUGGUUCCACUUUGCAUGUGUGGACCUGACCACCAAACCAAAAGGGAAAUGGUUUUGUCCUCGUUGUGUUCAGGAAAGAAAGAAAAAGAAGUAAGGACUAGAGGGGGAUACACCGUUGAGGCAAGAAGAAUUUAAUAUAUUCCUUCAUUCAUGUUGCAAUAUUACCUUUGAAUAUUUUUGUUAAUCUAUCCUCCAUCUUUUUCCGGUAUGAUAUUUAAUUAUCCAGUGGCCAGUUGAAAUUCCUGUUUUUUCCUAAAACAAUGACUUUGGGAGGGAGUCCCAAAUCCCUUUGCCACGGAGAUUUUAUUUAUGUUAGUCUUGCACAAUAAUACUGAGGGAGGUUGUUGCCUUUUCUGGCUGUUUCCAUUUCCCUGAAGAUUCUCUAAGUACAUCACUGUGAAGAUGAAACCUACAGUAUUCUUGGAGAGAGAGAAAGUCGGAUUUAUUCACCAAAUAAGAUGAAGGCCUGAAUUGUUAGCUGUGAUUGCCUGUGUGGCACAUGGGUAAAUCAGGUUUUAGGGAAAGGCUCCAUGAGGAUAUUGUUUGUUCCCAUGAUGGCGUGGCUCUGCUGUUGAAGAAGGCCAUCAGGAAUGUUGUAACAGAGCUUCUUGUCUUUUUUUAAUGGGCCACAUUUGCAUGUUCUUGACUUCUCUAGCUGUCUUUCAGAUGAUGAAUGUGAAUCCUUGUAUUAGCACAGUGUCAGUGGCUGCAGCAGAAGAGAGAGAGGAAAUCAGGAGCUGGAAAGCAAGUCUCUGGUUUUUCCUUCCUCUGAGAUACAGAAGUUGAGGGAAGAGCAGAGAGAACUCUUGUCUUCAUAUGUCUCCUGCAUCAUGAGGCUUACCUGCCUUCGGUGAAAACAUAGUGGGGAAAUGUGUUCCAGGUUCCCUUCCUGUUGGUGGAAGGAAGAAAACAAAGCCCCAACUCAUGAA